GAAAGCGGCUCAUGCGCGUUUUUCCGCGAGAGGAGGAAAAUCGAUGACCCGAAUUUAAUAUUUCUUAAGUUUUUUAAAAGCAACCGUCCUCUUUUAUAAAUUCAAUUAAAAAACAUGAUAGAAAGUAGAUUCGGGACAGUGACACCGGUGGGAAUUCGUUCAAUAAAAUAAUGGAAAUUAAAAUGGAACCCCGUCUUUUAGAAUGGCGUUCUUCCAUGUGCUGGCAGAAGUGUUCGUUUAUUUCGAUUUUUGUGGACAGGAUUGGACGUCCUUGAAACCGAUUGUGGUCGACUAUGCCCUGAAACUAAUAAAUACGGCUUGAGACGAGGGCGAAAUUGUAAAUUCCUUUAAUCCGAGGAGGAAUAAUACCAAUAAAACUCUCUUAGAUAUAAAUAAAACAAUGCUUAAAUUCAAACUGUUCAGGGUCUACCUCAGAACUGUAUUAUAUAUAGUCAUAACUUGUUUGACGGUUGUUUUUCUUCUGAAAAUCUGGACGCUCAAUCUCAGCGACAACCCGUACCUGCCCAAAUACGAGCCUCUUAAUUAUGCUAAUAUGACAAUGCCGACGAUAAUGAGCCUGGCGGAGCUGAAAGUAAAAUGGAUAGAACGUAAAAUCUCUAGGCUUUCCGGUGGCUUCGCCGGGGAGAAGGUGCGGCUGGAUUUCGAACCGGUGAAGCAGGUGGACUCGAAAAUCCACGCCUUCUAUUACUCGUGGUACCGUAAUGAGAAAGAGGACGGGAUCUGGAAACAUUGGUUCGCCACAGAUAAAUACCCCGGUCGUCCUUCGGAGUUCAGGACUGCGUAUUAUCCUCGGCUCGGCUUCUAUAGCUCGCAUAACAAAUCUGUAAUCGACAUACACAUGAUGCAGAUGAAAAAGGCUGGAAUUGGUGUAGCGAUAGUUUCAUGGGAGCCUCAUGACCCAAAGGAAAUUUUAAUGAAAACCAUACUCGACACGGCUGACAAGUAUACAAUCAAAAUAGCCCUACACUGGAAGAACACAAUAGAGAUUAACCAAAUUAUAACUAACCUCAACAUAUUUAUAGACACCUUUGGGCAACACAACGCUCUCUAUAGAAUAAAAAGGGCCAGCAAGGAUGACAAGUUUUUACCGGUAAUUUAUAUCUUUGACCCUUUUAUUGAGGAUCCAAUAACUUGGAGUAGUUACUUAAACCCGAAUGGAAACAGGACAAUAAGAAAUUCACAAUUCGAUGCUAUUUUCCUAGGUCUGCUUAGUAGCGUUCAGAACAGGAUUGACAUCAAGCAGGCUCAUUUUGACGGGUUUUAUACUUAUUUUGCCACAAAUGGCUUCACUUACGGUUCAUCCUGGAGGAACUGGAAAACCUUGGGACAAUUUGCAGACAAGAACGGCCUGAUUUUUGUGCCUUGCAUCGCACCCGGUUACAACGAUGGCACACUCAGUACUUAUUUCAGACCAAGGCUGAAUGGAAAUUAUUACGAGAUCGCAUGGAAGAGUGCUUUGGCAGCCAAGCCGUCUGCGAUCGCUAUAAAUUCGUUUAAUUCUUGGGAAGAAGGCUCACAAAUCGAACCCGCAGUACCAAACACGACAAAUGUCUCAAGGUUUUCAGAUUAUGAGAAAGUCAGUGACAACUAUUAUCUUCAGUUCACAGGAUUCUGGGUGAAAUACGCCACUGAAAAUAACAAAUUCUGAUUAUUUUGUGAAUAGGUCAAAAACAUCCUUUUGAGAAAAAUUGAAAUUAUUUUAUGUAGUGCUAAAAACUACUCUGGAGGUUAAAAAAUAAUAAAUUUCCUAUUCUUCAUAAUAAACUCUAUAAGAAUACUCUUAACUUAACAUUAUUGGUUUAUCAUACAUAUUUAAUUGUUCUUGUUAUUUGUUUUAAGUACUGCUUGAAAUUUUGUGCAUAUCAUAUAAAGACAGUUUUAAGUAAAAUACAUUUUAAUAUCAUUUAUCUUUUUUUACAGCAAUAAACAAUCCAAUCAGUUUCUAAAAAUUGGCUAUGCAGAUUGAAUAAUGAUAUUGUGAUUAUACAAUCUAUCAUUUUUCAUUGUUGCAUUUAUGAUUUUUUAAUUUUUUAUGAGUACUCAUCUGCAGUUGUAAAUAUUCUUUGGUUGUUUUAAUUGCAAGUUUAUUUCAAUUUGGCACAUUGCUUUUACGAUUAUGUAUUUCAAAUUCAACAGGUAAUCAUGUAGCAGAUUAUGCGAUUCAUUGUUAUUUAUCCAAUUAAAUAAUAAUUGCAGUAAACAUUUGAAAAAACAAAAUAAACAUGUGAUAAAGUCAUUUGAAAACAGACAAAAAUUCGCAAAAAUGAGGCUUCCAGAAUUAAACAGGGAAAUAUUUAGAGGGUAUUUGGUAGCAGUACUCGGUGUAGGGGCGAUGCUGCUCAUCGGAGGAGCGAUGACUUACCACUCAGAUAGGAGAACAGAAACAUGUAAUGAGAAGCUUAGAAAAAAAGAAGGUCUUCACUAAAUAUGCAAGUCCCGAGAGCAACAAUAAAUUCACAACAGAGAGCGUUAAUUUCUCUCCCUAAUGACUGAAGGCCCAACUGGACGGUUUGGAGAAUGCCUUCUAAAAGGGCUGGCUCUUGUCUCAAUAUCUUUUUCGGAUACAAUUCGCAUACAAACGCUAUUAUCUGUAAAUAAAAAAUACACCAGGAGAAAAAAUUAUUAUUAAA